AUGGCUGCACCAGUAACACUUCCCUCCAUUCAGGAUCCCCACGGCGCCUACGGCCAACCAGCCUACCCGAGGUCCUACCCUGGUGAUCCACGAGGUGACCCGCGCGCCGAUCCGCGCGCCAGCAACUACAGCGCCUCCCCGAAUUCCGUUAACGGCUACCCGCCACCGCAACCGGGUGGUCAUCCGCCGCAACUGCCGCCGUUGCAACCCCCGGGAGACCCUAGAUCUCCCACUUAUCCUCCGCCAGAUGGAAGGGACGACUACUACAGAAAUCGCCAGCCUCCACAGCAGUAUGGUGACCCAUACUACCAGGAGUAUCACAAUCGCCAAGGCCCGCCUCCUCCAGGUCGUUACGCCGACUACCCUCCUCCCGGCCCUGGUGGUCCACGAUACGACUACCCACCAGGCGCACCGAGAUAUGACUACGGUCAAGGAGGCCCUCCCAUGCAGCAAGCCGCCCCAAGACAACGGACCUCCAUAGCUUGCAGAUACUGCAGAAAAAGAAAGAUUCGGUGCAGCGGCUACCAGAGUGCGCCUGGCGGCAAAUGCGUAAACUGCAGCAGGAUGAACCAGGAAUGCAUAUUCCAGCCCGUGUCUUCGUCUAGCUCGACUGCAUUUGUGCCCGUUUCGGCCAUCCAGGGAGGUGUUCCACCGGGAACACCACUCUAUGGUGCUUACGGGCAGCCUCUGCCCCCGGGUUCGCUGCCUCCGCCACCAGGCUCCCAGGGCUACCCCCCUCAACCUGGCAACGGCGGUUACUACCAACAACCACUCCCGUCCCCGACGGGCGGCUACUCGCCAUACGAUGCGCAGCGUGGAAGGCGGCGGCCGAGGGACGAUGACGUUGACGAGCUCCGACCUCCGCCACCUGACCCAAACUCUGCUGACGAUCCUCGACGUCGCUCACCAGCCUCGAGCUCGAAUCACAGCAGCCCGGGAGGCUACAUAGGCUAUUCGCAGGGCGGUCACCCCGGAUAUGACCCCAGAGCGCCCCCGGCUAGACAUAGUCCUGGACAGCCGGCGGCGGUACCUCAUCCACAGACGGGAGACGAGCGAGCCGCGGCAGCGACCCAGCGACAAAGCAAUUCCUCUACCCCAGCAGCAUCCUCGAGCUCGGUCAUGAGCCUGAAUAACUUGGUGGACACGACUCCAAAUGACAUUGACAGGAACAUGUUGGGAAGGCUGAACCGUCCACCGGCUAGGAAGUGA